UGCUCUGGUUGGUCUGGCAGGAGUCUCCGCUCUUUCGUGGACAUAUAAAGGAGGGUUUGCGUUGUUCGAGUCACAGUUUCUCUGAGUUUGUCAGAAAAAUCUAGUAAAAAUUAACCAUGUCAGGAAGAGGCAAAACCGGCGGAAAAGCCCGCGCUAAGGCAAAGACUCGCUCCUCUCGUGCUGGACUCCAGUUCCCGGUCGGUCGUGUUCACAGACUGCUGCGCAAAGGCAACUACGCUCAUCGUGUGGGUGCCGGCGCCCCCGUCUACCUGGCCGCUGUGCUCGAGUACCUGACCGCUGAGAUCCUGGAGCUGGCUGGAAACGCCGCCCGCGACAACAAGAAGACCCGUAUCAUCCCCCGCCACCUGCAGCUGGCCGUCCGCAACGACGAGGAGCUCAACAAACUCCUGGGCGGAGUGACCAUCGCUCAGGGCGGCGUGCUGCCCAACAUCCAGGCUGUUCUUCUGCCCAAGAAGACCGAGAAGGCCGCUAAGUCCAAGUAAACAACAACAACUCCGCAAGCAAGCAAACAAA